AUGCGCACCUGCCCAAUCUUCGCCUUCACCAGGCAGGUGCUUCUCCUGGGCGCCAUCUCCCGCCUCAUCUCGCUCGCUCUUACCCUUCCCCAAAGCCAGGGCACGCCUGCGUACACUCUCUCAUCCACGACUUCCGCGACUUCAACUUCAACGCACUUGUCUCCUUCUCUCAUUGACAGCAGCCUCCCCACGCCUUCGGUCGACAACAACCAAGCCGAGAGGAAUGAUCAAGGAGCUGACAUCACGACCGAAACCCUCUUCUCAACCAUCAUCGUCCCGACCGCCACAGAGCUGACUACCAUUCUGACCGUUGUCACUAACGCACCCCAUAUUACUACCUCUAAUACUUCUCCCAUUACCACCACUUCUACGCCCCAAGCUACUCCCAGCCCCGACUACAUCGUCGAAGGAGGCUCAGACGGCAUCUGCAUCACCGUUGUACCCAUCUGGCCCACCGAUACCCUCGCCCCAGUAGUGAAGAGACAGGCGAGCAACACCAACACCGUUACUCACUCCAAUUCGACCGCCCACAUCUCCGUAGCCCUAGUCACCUCCCUUGUGAUCGUCCACGCCACCGCCUCAAAUCCAUCCUCGUUUGUCUCCAACACGACAAUCUCUAGCAUUGUCCACGGUCCCGCAUGUACCCCACCUGACGUUAGCCCUACCACCACAAGCUCUACCACCACCAGCAACACCGCCACCAACACUCUUGCGCCAGCUGUAGUAAAGAGACAACCAACCGACGCCCACACCAACAUCGUUGCCCAUGCAAACUCCAACUCCAUCUCACGUGUACACGGCCACAGUCACUUCCAUCGUGACCGUCCACGCUACUACGCCCCGUAUCGUUACCACGGUCUUGACUGUAUUCGCUACCCCUACCACCACGACCACGACCAAAGCCGCACCACCCGACACCUCCUGUUCCAUGCCCAGUUCGCUUAUCAACGGGCAUUGCACCUACGACUCCUGGGCCGGUUGAAUCCUGCCGCUGUAGUCCCGACUGAGCCAAUUGGUCCUCCUCCCGGAGAUCCUCACGUGAACGUGGGAAGGGCGGUGGAGACUAACGGGGACAAGCAGGACAAGCAGGAGAAGCAGGAGAAGCAGGACAAGCAGGACAGGCAGGACAGGCAGGACAGGCAGGACAGGCAGGACAGGUAA